UUAGACUCGGAGGAUGGAAGGGAGGAGUGGGAAUGCGAAGAUAUUGGUAGGGGUGGCGGAGUUAGGGUUUCCCUCCAUUUACAGCGCACGCCCGAUUCCCCCUUUCUCUCAUUUCCCCUAACUCUCACAUUAUUGUGUGAUACGGUACCAUUUUUUCUUCCUUCAUUUUCCGAUUAACCUUCACAUCUCACUUUUUUUAAUGUUGCGGUGUGGCUUUUAGCUCAAUUUUUCCUUACUUUUUCUUUUUCUGUAAUUAGUUGUUCAUUCAUAUGUAGCGUUUGGGGUGCUGAUAAUAACAACGAAAAUUGUUGGUUCACCUUUAUUAGGGACGUGCCUGAGAUUGCCAAUAGAGUAGUAGUUUGUAUUCUAUGGUCACGGUCGUUUCAUUUUCUGUUAUCAUGUGUCAUAAGCCAUUGAGGAAAUGUGGACUUGUAUUUAUCGUCUUUGCUGUUUAGACUUUGCUUUUAUUUUAUUUAUUACAAGUGAUGAUGGUAUAUUAUUAUACGCAAGAAAAGAACUAGUCUGUUCUUCUUUUUCCCAUUUGUUAACUUACGAUAUUGGCUGUGUUUUUUUUUUUUUUUUAUCUGUUUGUGACAGCUAAUUGUUUUUCACUUUGUUUAUCCCCCCUAAAAUAUUGGGCAAUCCGGUCACUGGAAAAGAUACAGGAUGUCUGAAGAGGCUGGAUCUAUGUUGGUAGUUUACGAUGAUCCCUCUGACCAACGCUCACUGUCUUUGGACGAUGCAAGCAGCACAGAGGAGUCACCUGAUGAAACCAGGCUCUCCUUAGAAACAACUAAUGAUGCUAUUCCAUAUAUUGGUCAAAGAUUUGCCACUCACGACGCUGCUUAUGAAUUCUAUAGUGAAUUUGCCAAGAGGAGUGGUUUUUCUAUUAGACGUCACCGGACGGAGGGAAAAGAUGGUGUUGGAAAGGGACUUACUAGGCGCUACUUUGUUUGUCACCGUGCUGGCAACACUCCUGUUAAAACAUCAACUGAAAGUAAACCUCAAAGAAAUAGAAAAUCUUCUCGCUGUGGGUGUCAGGCUUACAUGCGGAUAAGCAAAACAACAGAAUUUGGAUCUCCAGAAUGGCGCGUGACUGGUUUUGCAAACCACCAUAAUCAUGAACUUUUAGAACCAAACCAAGUUCGAUUCCUUCCCGCAUACAGAACUAUCUCGGAUGCUGACAAGAACCGAAUACUCAUGUUUGCCAAAACAGGGAUUUCUGUUCAUCAAAUGAUGAGGCUUAUGGAGCUUGAGAAGUGUGUGGAACCUGGAUAUUUGCCAUUUACUGAAAAGGAUGUAAGGAAUUUACUCCAGUCAUUUAGGAAAUUAGAUCCCGAAGAAGAAACCUUAGAUUUAUUAAGAAUGUGCAGAAAUAUUAAGGAGAAAGAUCCUAAUUUUAAAUUUGAGUAUACACUUGAUGCAAACAGCCGUUUGGAGAACAUUGCCUGGUCAUAUGCUUCAUCAAUACAAUUGUAUGAUAUAUUUGGUGAUGCUGUGGUGUUUGAUACCACACACCGGCUAACUGCAUUUGACAUGCCACUAGGGAUAUGGGUUGGAAUAAAUAAUUAUGGUAUGCCUUGCUUUUUUGGCUGCGUGCUUCUACGAGAUGAAACUGUGAGGUCAUUUUCCUGGGCACUGAAGGCUUUCUUAGGGUUUAUGAAUGGGAAGGCUCCACAGACUAUAUUAACCGACCAAAAUAUAUGUCUCAAAGAAGCACUAUCCACAGAAAUGCCGACAACAAAACAUGCUUUCUGCAUAUGGAUGAUCGUAGCAAAGUUUCCAUCAUGGUUUAAUGCAGUUCUAGGGGAACGCUACAAUGAAUGGAAGGCUGAAUUUUAUAGACUUUAUAACCUUGAGUCAGUUGAGGAUUUUGAGCUAGGCUGGAGGGAAAUGGUUUGUUCUUUUGGGCUGCAUUCCAAUCGGCACAUGGUUAAUUUAUAUAGCUCACGCUCUCUUUGGGCGUUGCCAUUUUUGAGAAGCCAUUUUCUUGCAGGCAUGACUACAACUGGUCAGUCAAAGUCAAUUAAUGCUUUCAUUCAACGAUUUCUGAGUGCACAAACUCGGCUUGCACACUUUGUUGAGCAGGUAGCUGUUGCUGUGGAUUUUAAAGAUCAAACUGGAGAACAACAAACCAUGCAGCAGAAUCUCCAAAAUGUUUGCCUGAAAACAGGGGCCCCAAUGGAAUCACAUGCAGCCACAGUCCUUACUCCUUUUGCCUUUUCAAAGCUUCAAGAACAACUUGUGUUGGCUGCACAUUAUGCAUCUUUUUCAAUUGAAGAUGGUUUUCUUGUGAGGCAUCACACAAAAGCUGAGGGAGGUCGGAAAGUUUAUUGGGCCCCUCAGGAAGGAAUUAUAAGUUGUAGUUGCCACCAGUUUGAGUUCACUGGUAUUCUCUGCAGGCAUUCUCUUAGAGUUCUUUCAACAGGAAAUUGCUUUCAGAUCCCAGAUAGAUAUCUUCCCAUUAGGUGGCGUCGAAUCAGCAUGCCUUCUUCUAAGCUUAUCCAAAGUGCACCAAAUGAUCAUGCCGAAAGAGUUAAGUUAUUACAAAAUAUGGUUUCAUCUUUGAUUACAGAAUCUGCUAAAUCUAAGGAACGGUUAGAUAUUGCAACAGAACAAGUUUCCAUCCUUCUGUCUCGCAUACGAGAGCAACCAAUUUCCUUACAAGGUAUCAGAGAAUUUCCUUCCGUGAAUAGGAAUCUUUGACUCCAGGAUACAAAAUAUGACUGAGUUGUUGGUCUGGUUCAAUGAAUGGGAAUUACACCAAAAUGUUAGUGACAAAGCAUAGUAUCAUAUUGAUUGGAUUUAUCAUGCUUAAUUGAAACUAUUUGAAGAGGGAUAGAAGCUGUUUAUUGGCUUGAACUUCUGCAGUGAAAUUUCUGUAGAUUGGUAAACACCAAGUUGCAGUGUAUGACAAGGAUUCUAUUCUGUACAAAAAUGUAUAGGAAAUUUGUUCAUCCGCAUCCUUUAUUUGCUAUCUAUCUGCCAUUUAGACGAUACAGUGAUUUUAGCGGGAUUUCAAGAUCAUAAUGUAAGAACCCUCUCAACCCAAAGAUCCCAUUAAAAUGCGGUCGAGUUUGUUAUCGUUGAUGUAUAAAACAUAGAAUAACUGAAGAAAUUUUCAAUUCUAAUUUUCACU